AUGGCUUCUUCAUCUUCUUCUUCGUCCUCACGUUCUCACAACUGGUUAUACGAUGUCUUCCCGAGCUUUCGCGGAGAAGACGUCCGCGUAACUUUCUUGAGCCACUUCCUCAAAGAACUGGACCGAAAACUGAUCACUGCUUUCAAAGACAGCGAGAUCCAGAAAAGCCGAUCGCUCGAUCCCGAGCUUAGAAACGCAAUCAGGGACUCGAGGAUUGCUGUGGUCAUAUUCUCAAGAAACUACGCCUCUUCGAGUUGGUGCCUUAACGAAUUGUUGGAGAUCGUGAAUUGCGAAAAAGAGUUUGGUCAAAUGGUGAUUCCGGUUUUCUACGGUUUAGAGCCUUCACACGUAAGGAAACAAACCGGUUAUUUUGGCAAGAUCUUUGAUGAGACAUGCCUCAAAAGCACAAAGGAAUUGAAGCUUCAAUGGAAAGAAGCUUUGACCAAUGUAGCAAAUCUCCUUGGAUAUGCAUGGGGUAACGAAGCUACAAUGAUUGAAGCAAUCGUCAAUGAUGUUUUGGACAAACUGCUUUUAACUCCAUCAAAGGAUUUUGAGAACUUUGUUGCCAUUGAUGAACAUAUCUCUCAAAUGAGUGAAUUGUUGGAGUUAGAAUCUGAGGAAGUGAAGAUGAUUGGUAUAUGGGGUUCCUCGGGGAUUGGCAAGACUACAAUCGCAAGAACUCUGUUCAAUCGUCUCUCCAGACAUUUCCAAGGUCGUAUCUACAUAGACAGGCGUUUCAUAGCUAAGAGCAUGGACAUUUAUAGCAAGAACAACCCGGACGACUAUAACAUGAAGUUGCACUUACAAGAAAAGUUCCUCUGUAAGAUACUAGACAAGAAGAUGAUAGAGGUUGAUCACUUGGGUGCUGUGAAAGGGAAGCUAAAGGACAUGAAAGUUCUUAUAUUUAUUGAUGAUUUGGAUGACCAAGUUGUGCUAGAUACAUUGGUUGGUGGGGAAGAAUGGUUUGGUCCUCGAAANGUAAAGUAUAAUCUAGUUCAAAAUGGACUAGGAGAUCUAUUAUAUGAAUUCGAAGGGACGUUUUCGUUAAAAAUCUAA